AUGCCGUCACUCGAACCCCACGAAGAUGGCGUCCCUGCUGUCGCGAGCUUCCAGACCCUCCUCUGGGAUCUCCUCGCGCGAGCCGAGUUAGUCAAACCGGCCACCAAGCUCACGCCAGCGCUCAACAAGGCCGACUUCGAAGAUCUACUAGGUCGACUCGGAUCGAUAUUUCAAGCUGUCGAGUCGAAGGGUCCUGGCGGAAGCGAUGAUCUAAAGAAGAAUAGGCAAUUUGCUAUUGUUGAGACGGCUGUCCGCGAUGUUUUUGGCAGGCUGAUAUCAACCACUUCGAUUGAGUCGCCGGCAUUCGUCAAAGUCUGGAAUCUAUUCGACAUUCUUCUGAUACUCGGCGAGAACGGUGAAUGCGACUCAAACCUACUAUUGUGGCUCACAGAAGAGCUAUUCGAGAGCCAAACGAUCAAAGGUUGUGAGGAGGUCCUUCAUUAUCUUGAGUCGCGCAGGCAGCGGAUAAUUGCAGGGAAUUUCUCAUCGAAAAAGCUCGUAAUUCUGCGAGCGUGCAACGAGCUCUUGCGUCGCCUGUCGAGGGCCAAGGAUCCAACGGUCUGUGGCAGGGUCUUCAUUUUCAUGUUCCAAUGCUUUCCGCUUGGCGACAAAAGCUCCGUCAACCUUCGUGGAGAGUUUCAUACCGAAAACGAAACGACCUUUGACAAUGAAAUACCCGAAGGUGCUGCAACUCCAGAGAGAAUGGACGUCGACGCCCCAGCCGAGGAAACGAAGGCGUCAGACGCCAGCAGGUCGAAGAAGGAGUCGUCGCAAAAGGCAGAGCCCAAAGCUCUCAAGCCUAGCGAGCUAUACAGAGUAUUCUGGUCAUUACAAGAGAGUUUCAGCCAGCCUAAGAAGCUUUUCGACCAGACACAGUUUGCUGCGUUCAAGACUGGCAUGGAGGCCACCAUGACAGCCUUCAAGCAGAUUGCCAACGAGCAUCAGACCGCCAGUAAGCAGGGCGAAGAAAGCAAGCGAAAGCUCAAGCGCAAGCGCGACGAUGAAAUGAGCGGCAGCGACGAAAACUAUAAUCCCAAGUACCUGACUAGUCGGGACCUGUUCGAACUCGAACAGACAAGCGAUCUUACGUUCAGGCGGUACUUUCUCGUUCAAGCACUCAUCCUGAUGGACUUUCUCCUAUCCCUCACGGCCGAGGCGAAGGAGAAGCUUUUGGCGCCGAGUGGCAAGCCACUUAAUAAGUCCGUGAUGUACUCUGAACAGUUCCUUGGCGAGGAGGACACCGUUUGGGUCACCAAGAUGAAGCUAGAUAUCACGGACCACAUUAAGACAAGGACAAGUGAUGGCGCGUACUUCCUGAGAAUGGUCGACACCAUCCUUGCCCGCGACAGAAACUGGGUCCGUUGGAAAAUCGAGUCCUGCCCUCCCAUCGAAAUGGAGGCCGUUACACCCGAGAACUUCUCCGAGGCCAAGGACCAGGCCCGCCGCGCAACGACGAGCAAGCGUCUGCGGCCGCUGCCCAUGGGUUCUAUGUCGCUGGACUUCAUGAAGGACGAGGACGAGGACGCGGAGCUCGAGCGGCUCAGGGCGGAGGAGCGGUACGCGCUGCCGGACCUGGAGCACUACAAGGACGCCAUCGCGCGCGACGACUUCAACAUCGAGAUGCCCAAAGAUAACGAAGAGAAGGCCCGCGCCGAGGCGACCAAAGCGAGCAAGACGUGGCGGGCACUGCGGAUUGCGAGCAGGUUCAAGAUGGCGACGUUUGACCGCAUCGAGGACGACAACAAGAUUGACAUCAUCUUUGCCAAGCCGGGCGAGGAGGAACAAGGCGCGGACGCGGGCGAGGCCGCCGAUCUGCCCGAGGACCAAAGGCCACUCGUCAUCACGGGGCCAACGGGGUCGGACUAUGCAUCGCUCGCCAAGAUGCUCGUCGAGAAAAGUCCUGGUGUCUACCAAGCGGUGGUGCAACACACCACCAAACCGCAGCAGGAGGGCGAGACGUACCACUACGUCGACUCGAGCACGUUCAACAUGAUGCUCGACGGCGACAAGUUCCUCGAGUUCAGGGACGUCGACGGCGUCAUGUACGGCACGAGCCAGAGCAUGGUUUAUAAGAUUGGCGACGCGGGGAAGGUGGCCGUCCUGGCGCUCAGCACAGAGAGCGUUGAGCAGGCCAAGGGCAUGAGCUUUGACGCGCGGUACGUGUUCGUCGAGCCAUCGUGCGCGGAGGAUCUGGAGGCCCGGGUCAAGGAGGGCGGCACGGUCACCGAGGCACAGCUGCCGGGGGUAUUGGCUGCCGCCAAGAAGGAGAUAGAGCAGGCCAGGGGUGCAGAUGCGGGCGGCUACGACAAGUUCAUAACACACGAUGGCGACCUCGAGGCCACUUUCUCGACGCUCGACGCCUUUGUUUAUGACCGAGAAGCCGAGCCCGAGGGCAAGGGCGUCGAGGUGGCCCAGAAUGGGGAGCCGUCUGGUGGCGACAAGACUGUAGAGCAGCCUGCGGCGUCAGAUGUGCCCAUGACAGACGCGGCAGUGACUGAGGGAGCAGGAGGAGCGAAUGGGGUGGAAGCUGGGUCUUGA